GGAAGCGAAAAGUGCUAUUCGAAAGAGGAAGGCUGCUGCAGGAUGAGGCUGUGAGGACAAAGCUUGCACCUGAGCAAAAACAAACGCUGCUUGAACACUAAGAAAAUUAAUGUUUACUUUGUCCUAAAUUUGUCAAACCAAUGAAAACGCGAAACUCCCAGAAUGUCAUUUGUCGAAUAGUUUUUCCUAGCUACCUGUUUUAUAGAAAAUAUGACGAAUCCGACAGUGACUGCCUCGUAGCAGCGACAAUGCUCAGGCCUGUCAUAACUGGCUUGUUCAGAUUUUGUCCAUCACGUCAAUGACCAUGGAUGUCAGAGCAGUUCUGGAGUUUGCCACAGUUACCAGGGGUCUGUCACUGUUUCUGCAGGCUGUCUUGAAUGCUGCCAUCCCUGACCAUGAUGCUGAUGCGUUCAGGCCCCCACGGACAGAGGAGCCUCUGUACUUGGACUGUGCAGUGGAGUGGUUGUUGGGUGGGCUCUCUCACUGGGACGCCGAGCAUUACCUCUUCAUCGCGGAGAGAGGAUACCUUUAUGAGCACAACUUCGCUUUCUUCCCCCUCUUCCCCGUCGUCCUCCGAGGCCUGGCAGAGACGCUGCUGUGGCCCCUGAGCAGCUGGCUGAGUGUGCGGGGGCGUUUGCUGGUGGCUGUGGCUCUGGGGAACAGUGCCCUCUUCCUGCUGAGUGUGGUCGCCUUGCAUGCGCUCAGUAGAAUAGUUCUUCAGGACAGACGUCUUGCUCUGCUCUCCAGUCUGCUCUACUGCAUCACACCUGCUAAUGUUUUCAUGACCGCUGGAUACUCUGAGAGCCUUUUUGCUGCUCUCACAUUCGGUGGUCUGUUCCUCUUGGAGAAAGGAUUCACCUUCCGAGCCUGCCUGGCCCUCAGUAUAGCCACUGCAGCACGAUCCAAUGGACUUGUUAACAUAGGAUUUCUACUGUAUCUUCCAUCACUGCACGCUAUUUCCCAGAUUCGUGUAUAUCGAACAACAACAAAAGGCCACGCUAAAGUCUUCCACUACAUUUGGGUCACCAUCCGUCUCCUGCUCACCUCCCUCUUGGGAACUGCAAUUAUUGCCCUUCCCUUCUGUGCUUUCCAGUACUAUGGGUAUAGGACGUUUUGCACACCAUCUGUCUCCUUGGAACGGAUCCCUCAUGCUCUUCUGUCGCUGGCUGAACGGAAGGGCUACCGGGUUCCAGAUGAAAAUGGUCCACCACCCCUCUGGUGCAUGAGACCCCUCCCCCUGCUUUAUUCUCAUAUCCAGGAUGUGUAUUGGGAUGUGGGCUUCCUCCGCUACUUUGAGCUGAAGCAGAUACCGAACUUUAUUCUGGCUCUACCUAUGGCUACCCUCGGCAUAAUGGCAGUUUAUGCAUAUUUUCAAGCUAAUCCAGAACUGUGUCUGAGACUCGGACUUUGGGAGACCGGUGCAAGUAAAGGGCUUGACAAACCCACACCGGGAUUGUUCAACCCCAGAGUGUUUGUGUAUGUUGUACAUUCAACAGUACUCCUUGUGUUUGGGACAUUGUGCAUGCAUGUGCAGGUUCUAACCAGAUUCAUGGCCUCCUCGUCUCCCGUGCCCUUCUGGAUAAGUGCUCAUCUGCUCCUCCUCAACGAACCACUUCUCCAUCGAAGGAAAACAUCAAACCCCAAUGUACAGCUACAGACACAUUCCAGAAAUGGAUGCAAGCACACACCUCAAAACCCCAUCACUGCUCUGCUGCCAAACUUUACAACCUGUUCUCCUACCACACAGAGCAUCCUGGGAUACUUCCUCUCUUACUGGGUUCUGGGGCUCGCACUGCAUUGUAACUUCUUGCCAUGGACAUGACUUAAGACGUUACUCUGAGCUUUAAAUGCAGUAUUUCUAUGUAGGACUGGGCUGUAUACCACACACGCACACACACACACACAGGUGUUUUUACAGUACAUCAUCAAUAGUCCAUUUUUGUUAUUCCAGUAAUUGUUAAAUUGUUCAUUGCAAUAGCAUUACAAAGAAAUUGUCGUGAAAAUAAUUGUAUACAUGAAUGUGACAUUUUGUCAGUCACUUAAAAAAAAAUGAAAUCAACGUAACUUCAAAGAAAAGUAAAAAUACUUUGCCUCAUAUUAUGAUUAUGUCGCUCAGUCCUACAUAGAACUUAUUGACAUGAUUACAUUUUUGAUGCUGAUUUCUUCAUGCAAUAGUCAACACACAUUUGAUUUGCACAUCUCAGUUAAAUAUGUUUGCAGCAGUUUGAGAACAAAUUCAUUGUUUAGUUUUAAAUCUUGGGAAGACUAUGGUUGUAUUGUUUCUUGCUGAAGAAUUGAAUUUUAUUCACUCAGUUUAUUAUUGCACUGCAUGUUUGGAAGAAAGUUAUAGUGGGAGUUUUGGAUGUGAUUGUAAAAAAAAAAUAAAGAUUUCUUUUGCUGUAAAAGGAUCCUUAAUUUAGUUUUAUUUUCAUGUAAAGGUCAUCCUUUUUCUUGAGGCAUUAAUGUAAACCUGUUGUAUUGUGUUUUGUUGUAAAGUACAUUGGCUGCCAAAGUUGCACGUUUAGCCUUGAAUUUAAAAUUAAACAAAAUUUGACAAAUCUAAA